AUGUCUGAAUCAAAGGCCAUCUCCCGUAAGAUGCUGUUUGGAGUCAAGCUUCAAAAUGAGAUUUUUCCGCCCUGGAAGGAGUACUAUAUUCGGUACGAUCUUUUGAAGAAGCUGCUUCGAGAGAACGUGGUUCUCGAUGCUUCUUCUGCGAAGUGGAGCGAAAAGGAUGAGAGCGCCUUUGCUGCUCAGCUGGAUCGUGAGCUCGAAAAGGUGUAUGGAUUCCAGAGUGGGCGAUACGCCGAGCUCGACACAAAAAUAUCUGCGUUGGAGGCCCUUUCAGAGGAGUUCCUGGAGAGUUAUGAUCAGAAAGUACAGCAAAAGACAAGCAAUUUUGACGUUAAAAAGUUCCAAGCCGAACUAGAAAAUACGCUGGCUAUGGCUCAGGAAUUGGAUCACUUUGCACGGCUCAAUUUCACCGGUUUCGUGAAGAUUGUCAAGAAACACGACAGAUUGCACAAAAAGUAUUCUGUUAAGGCUCUGCUAAACGUGAGAUUGAAGUCGCUUCCGUUUCAUUCCGAGGACUACAGUCCAUAUUUGUUCAGAUUAUCGGUAUUGUACCAGUUUCUGCGCGAUAACUUCUCGUUUGACAGCUCCAGUCUGUCCAGUUCGUUGGGGGUGUCCAUGAAUAACAGACUUUCCAGCUCUGAAAAGAUCGGGUCUGUUCUUUCCAUCCCUCAGAAUCAUCCAGGAGUCGAGACAUACAAGGUGCUCAAGUUCUGGGUUCACCCAGACAAUCUAAUGGAGAUCAAGACCACAAUUUUGAGACAUCUACCGGUUCUAAUCUACAACAACUCGGCAGAUGACGAUGCUGACCAUGUCAGUGACCCCACGAUGACAUCUGUCUACUUUGACAACCAGAACUUCGAGCUUUACAACACAAAACUGCUGAAAAACCUGAACAAAACGCCCAGUUUCCGCAUCCGUUGGUCUGGCAAGCUCGCCGAUAACCCGGAUUUGACUCUGGAGAAGAAGACUUUCAACUAUGACACUGGCGAAUCGUCAGAUGUGAGAUUGGUGCUCAAAGAGAAGUACGUUAACGAUUUCAUCUCUAUCGGAGCUGGAGCUGGCUCUUCGGAUGACGCAGAAGACGCCGAGCCUGACGUGUUUGCGUCCAAGAAGAACUUGAAACUGGAUUUGAAACGCUACACCCGCAAAUUAGAAAAGCGUGGUCUCAGUCGCGAGACAGUUGAGCGUUAUGCAGCGGAGUACAAUGACCUUCAUUCAUUCAUAGAGAAGAGUCACCUUCAGCCAGUUUUGAGGACUAUCUACACGCGUACCGCGUUCCAGAUCCCUGGUGAUGACAAGGUUCGUAUCAUCAUUGACUCGAACAUUCUGUUCAUUCGUGAGGAUAGUUUUGAUGCUGAGAGACCCAUUCGUGAUCCUCGUGACUGGCAUCGCAAGGACAUUGACGCCAAUAUUGAUAAUCCCUAUUCGUUACUUCGCAAGGGCGAAUACGCGAAGUUUCCAUAUUCGGUAAUGGAGAUCAAGAUUUCCCAGUCGAUCCUCAAUAACCCUGAUUCGAAGACAUUCAAGUGGAUUUCAGAUCUCAUCAACGGCCAUCUUGUGAAAGAGGUGCCCAACUUUUCGAAGUUUAUCCAGGGUAUUUCCUCGUUAUUUUUGGAAGACGAUAAUCUCGACAUUUUGCCCUUUUGGUUACCUGAACUGGAGCAUGAUAUCCGCAAGAACCCAGAACAGGCCUAUAAGGACACUUCAGAAAAACUCAAAAAACAAAAACUUGAAGAUGAGUCGCUCAAGAACCUCAAGAGAUCAAUUGCCAGUCCUAAUAUUACUUCCGGAUCACCACGACCAGUGAAUAGUUUGGACCAGAUCACCGAACUUGGAGAGAGUGAGGCCGAUUUAGACGAUAACGAAUCCAGUGAUGAUGAGUAUGGUGAGGAAAUACUUGCCUCUUCAACAACCCCGAUCUCUCAGGCUGCAGAGCCGAUUUCGUCACCAUUGCGUAAGAAGUCCAAUGGACGUUCUUUCGCAUCUUUGGGUGCUAUUUCCAAACUUGACGGAGAGUCUGAAGACGAGGAGGUUGUUCUUCCACCUGGUGUCACCAAGCCAAAGACGCUGUUACGCCAGUCUGGUCCUGUGAGGGUUGAAGCUAAGGUCUGGCUUGCAAACGAACGUACUUUUGUGCGUUGGCUCCAUGUGACAACCAUGUUCUCAGCUUUGACAUUUGUGAUUUACAGCUCUGUGCAAAAGUCGCAUUUCCCUACUCUGGCUACCUCCAUUGCUUACAUCUACUUUGGUCUGACUCUUUUCUCUGGUAUUUGGGCCUACGGUCUGUACAAUUACAGACUCAAAAUCAUUCGACUACGUGAAGGAAACCAUUUGGACCGCAUUGAAGGCCCUCUACUGAUUGGUGCCAUACUGCUGGUUACUCUGGCACUGGAAUUUUACUCAGGCUUCAAGACGUUUAAGGCCAAACGUGGAAUUGCAUCCGUGUUUGACCAGUCCUUCGAUAUUUAUCGUGCUGACUUUGUUCCAGAUGGUCUCGAGACUGAGAAUUUGCAUCCAUUCAAUGCGUAUGCGUUGGAAUUCAUGAUGUCGCUGGUGAAUUAG